CUUUGUUCUAGUUUGCCUCUUAUUGUAUCAUAGCGAUGGAGGAUAUGAGUGCUCCACGGCACCGACGACAAAAUCCCUCACGGUGUGACCAGCAUCAACCAUGGUGUUAUCCAGUAACCCCGGUGGAGUGGACGAGAAGCGUCAGCGGAAGAAGCUCCAGAAUCGGAUAAACCAGCGAGCGCGUCGUCUUCGUCUCAAGAAAGAACAGCACGAGGAGCCGGACCGGCGUCCCUUCAGUGUGCAUCGUUGGAGACUCGAGGAAUACGAAGCGCCCCGCAGUACUUCCUGGAAGCUAUACAGCUCCCUUCACACUCCUGGAAAUACCCACAAGGAUGAGACACCAGAAGAGCAUCAGAUAUCAACUGCCAUAUCAGCAACAAUAACCCCAUCCAAACUCACUCAAUGGCAAACCCCCCUCCCAGCCGACAACCUCCUCCACCUAAUCUACUACAACGUCUUCUGGGGCUUCUUCCAAAACAAAGUCCUCCUCAGCCAGCUAACCAUCGCGCUUCUCCCGGGCCCUAAACCCAUCGAAGUCGUCCACCAAGGCGACCUAUACCCCAUGUACUCCAUCAUCAUCCCCACGGCAACCGACAUCCCAGCCUGCCUCAUCCCCACCCAAUCCCAAGAACGGCUCGUCCACUGCUCAUGGAUCGACCUGAUCCCGUUCCCCAGAAUGCGGGAAAACCUGAUCACCUGGGAAACCAGUUUCAAUCAUGGCGAGUUUGUCGCGGACUUGAUUGGGUGCUUUAUUGAUGGCAUGGUGUUUCCGCCGCCGUCGUCGGAUUUGGAUCCCGCGGCCGCGACGGGGAGUAUGGUGCUGCUGGGGGCGGAGGAUGAUGAGAUUACGGCUUCCCGGAAGGGGCUGAUUAUCUGGGGGGAGCCGCAUAGGGCGGAGAGCUGGGAGGCUACGCCGGGGUUUUUGCGGAAGUGGUCGUGGGCGGUGGAGGGGUGUGAGGAGUUGAUUGAGUAUAGUAAUCGGUGGAGAAUGAGGAGGGGGGAGGAACCGAUGAGUUUUGCGGUGGGUGGAUGAUGUAGAGACUCAGGGGGGGGGGUCUG